AUGGAAACCCUAAAUCCAUCCAAACCCUCGAACACCGCCAUUGAAGUGGAAGAUGACGAUGGCUACGUCGAAUACGUCCCCGUCAAGAAACGCCGUGCUAUGGAAGUCCAGAAGAUUCUCCAUCGCAAGGGCCUCAAGUCCUCCAACCCCACUUCGGUCGACCCUACCACCUCCUCCGAUCCCACUGCCGAUCUCUCCUCCGAUCCUGACCAUCCUAAGCUCCCCGAAUCCAAGCCCAGUCUCCUCAUCAAGGCCUCCCAGCUCAAGCGCGACCUCCCUGAGAUCACCCCCACUGAGCAGCUCGUCCAGCAGGAGAUUGAGAUGAUCGAACACCUCUCUGACCGCAAGACCCUGAUGUCCGUACGCGAGCUUGCCAAGGGCAUCACCUACACCGAACCCCUUGCCACAGGCUGGAAACCCCCCUCCGCCAUACGCCACAUGUCCCCCAAGGAGGCCGAUACUGUUCGUCGCCAGUGGCAUAUCCUUGUCGAGGGCGACGACGUCCCGCCGCCCAUCAAGAACUUCAAGGACAUGCGCUUGCCAGAGCCCAUCUUGAAGAAGCUCAAGGAGAAGGGAAUCGUGCAGCCGACACCGAUCCAGGUCCAAGGCCUGCCUGUCAUCCUGUCGGGCCGUGACAUGAUUGGGAUUGCCUUCACUGGGUCUGGUAAGACACUGGUUUUCGUGCUGCCGCUGAUCAUGGUGGCACUACAGGAGGAGGUGAUGAUGCCGAUCAUGCCCGGGGAGGGGCCGUUCGGGCUUGUGGUUUGCCCAUCCAGGGAGUUGGCGAGGCAGACAUAUGAGGUGGUCGAGCAGUUCUUGGUCCCGUUGAAGGAGAAUGGGUACCCGGAGCUGAGACCGUUGCUCUGCAUUGGCGGGGUGGAUAUGCGGUCGCAGCUGGAGGUUGUGAAGAAGGGAGUGCAUAUUGUGGUGGCAACACCGGGUAGGUUGAAGGAUUUAUUGGCAAAGAAGAAGAUGAGUCUUGAUAAUUGCAGGUACUUGACAUUGGAUGAGGCGGAUAGGUUGGUCGACUUGGGAUUUGAGGAUGAUAUCAGGGAAGUCUUUGACCACUUCAAAGCCCAAAGGCAAACUCUUCUUUUCUCUGCCACCAUGCCUAAAAAGAUCCAAAACUUUGCGAGAAGUGCUUUGGUGAAGCCCGUGACUGUCAAUGUGGGAAGAGCAGGAGCAGCCAAUCUCGAUGUUAUCCAAGAAGUUGAGUAUGUGAAGCAAGAAGCGAAGAUUGUCUAUCUUCUUGAAUGCCUGCAAAAGACACCCCCUCCUGUCCUGAUAUUUUGUGAGAACAAAGCCGAUGUGGACGACAUCCAUGAAUAUCUGCUGCUGAAAGGUGUUGAGGCAGUAGCUAUACAUGGAGGUAAGGAUCAAGAGGAGAGAGAAUAUGCCAUUUCCUCCUUCAAAGCUGGGAAGAAGGAUGUCUUGGUUGCGACUGAUGUUGCUUCAAAAGGCCUGGAUUUUCCUGAUAUUCAGCAUGUUAUCAACUAUGACAUGCCUGCUGAGAUUGAGAACUAUGUGCACAGGAUUGGUCGAACCGGAAGGUGCGGGAAGACUGGCAUAGCAACAACAUUUAUAAACAAGAACCAAAGCGAGACAACAUUACUAGAUCUAAAGCACCUCCUGCAAGAAGCAAAGCAAAGGAUCCCACCUGUGCUAGGGGAACUCAACGAUCCAAUGGAAGAUGUGGAUGCCAUUACCAAUGCCAGUGGAGUAAAGGGUUGUGCUUAUUGUGGUGGACUUGGUCACCGUAUCCGCGACUGCCCCAAGUUGGAACAUCAGAAGAGCUUGGCGAUUGCUGGUUCAAGGAGGGAUUAUUUUGGAUCUGGAGGCUAUCGAGGGGAGAUAUGAACUCUCUCUUGUUUAUGUAACCAAAUCUCAAAGCCCCCUAUUAUAAGAGGCCAACUUAUCACUGGAUUGGAAAAUCUUGAGGUAGGGCCUCUUUCGUGUACAGUAUGAAUGGUGUUUGCUUUCAGAGAUUGGGCAUUUUGCCAUUCUGACUUGUAGCGACAUUUUACCAUCUGUAAGCUUUGUUUCCUUUUUUUUUUUUCUUUCCUUUUUAUACAAACAAAACUAUUAAAAUGAGGUCCGUAAUCCAGUGGACAUUAUCAUUUUUUAUGGAUGAAAUUAGGGAUUUAGGUUCUAAUCUCAA